ACCCGCGCACCUCUCCCACUCUCGCUGCGGCCUCGCCCGCUCCACCUGGGCGGAGCCGGCGCGGGAUCCGGGUGUCCGUGUUGGCAGCGACGGCGGCUGUGGGGCGAGGGUCGCAGCCCUGUGCGGGCCGUAGCAACUUCGUGGGCGGAUCCUGGUGUGCUAGGCGGGACCCGAGCAGAUCCCACCAAGAUGGCAUCCGCUAGUGAGCCCCCUGCCAGCCCAAGGGAUGCUGCUGAUCAGAACUUUGACUACAUGUUCAAACUGCUCUUGAUCGGGAACAGCAGCGUGGGCAAGACAUCCUUCCUGUUCCGCUAUGCUGACGACUCCUUCACCCCCGCCUUCGUGAGCACAGUGGGCAUCGACUUCAAGGUCAAGACAGUCUAUCGACAUGACAAGAGGAUCAAGCUGCAGAUUUGGGACACAGCAGGCCAGGAGCGCUACCGGACAAUCACCACGGCCUACUACCGAGGAGCCAUGGGCUUCCUGCUCAUGUAUGACAUCGCCAACCAGGAGUCCUUCACUGCGGUGCAGGACUGGGCUACACAGAUCAAAACCUAUUCCUGGGACAACGCCCAGGUGAUCCUCGUGGGGAACAAGUGUGACCUGGAGGACGAACGGGUCGUACCUGCUGAGGAUGGCCGGAAGCUCGCCGAUGAUCUUGGUUUUGAGUUCUUUGAGGCCAGCGCCAAGGAGAAUAUCAACGUGAAGCAGGUGUUCGAGCGCCUGGUGGACAUCAUCUGCGACAAGAUGAAUGAAUCCCUGGAACCCAGCUCCAGCCCAGGCAGCAAUGGAAAAGGCCCAGCCCUUGGCGAUACCCCACCCCCACAGCCGAGCAGCUGCGGCUGUUAGGGCCCCCAACCUCCCCACACCUGUCCCUUCUUGCCUCUUCAAGGACAGCAGCCAAGGUGUGAGCUAUGGGGACUCAGCUCAGGGUGCCCCUUGCCUCUGGUCCACCUCCCCCUCCUCUUGCACAAGUUCAUCUCCCUUUCUCUCCAUGUCAGAGUGCUCAGACGGUCCUGGUUAGAGCCCACACACCCCAGGCUCUGCCCAGCAUUGUCCAAGGGGUGGGGAUACCAUUGCAGGUGCUUACUGCUUCCCGAGGCAUUUUGAUGGAGAUAGCUGUAGGCAGCAUUGCCUGCCCUGAGAUAGAGGGGAUGUUUGUGCCUUCUGCCUUAGAACCAUUUCCCAGGUAUACUCUUUGUAUCGUUGGCUGAAGAUGUCGCCUGGUGUGGGUCACUGUCCAACUUAGUCCUGGAAGCCUCUCUCAUGUCCACCAGUUUGGCCUUGAAAUCUGCCUUUGAACUGACUGCUAGCCAAGGACCCAGGCAGGUCGGCGGUCUCCAUCCUCUGCCUCCCUGGCAUCUACAGAAAGUCUGUUUUCUGUUUAUAGAAGGGACAGAGUCAGAGUCACCCCUGGCACCAGGGUCUCUCCAGAGUGCCUUCCACACUUCCCCUGAAUCCAUCCACUCAGUGUGCGUUAAUCCACUCCCAGAAUUAAGUUUUAGAAUAUUCCAGGCCCUGUCAUAUGGGUCUGAGACUCGCCCACCGUAGCAGUCCAGCUUUCCGUCAGUUCAUCUUAGAGCCAGGGAACUGAGGCUGCCUGCCCAGGCCCCCAUCUGUCUGCCUGGUGGUGGUUUAAGCAAGAGUUUUACAAACCAAACGUUACAUCCUGUGUAGAAACGGAAGUGGAGAAAGCAGCCCACAGAGGGGUGCCCUUGCUGGUCAGCUUCUCAUGGCAGGAUUAGGGCUUCCUCUGUAGACCCAGUGUCAGCAUCAUAGCCAACAUCAGUCGCCCAGGGACCCUGGGGUUGUGGGGAAGGCACCAGUGGGCAACCCAGUGGUUUUGUAUAUCCGUAAUGGGAGCAACAGGCCGUCCUGUGAGUUAGGGAUGGGCUGUGGGUUGAGACUGGUGUCUCUACAGAGCUUGGGAGGGAGCCCCUAGGAUCCUUGGUUCUCUCUAGCUAGGAGGUCUUUCUACUCAAUGACCAAACUCCCCUAAGUACCAUCUGAUAUCUCGUGGUCCGGGUAACACUGCCCAGAUGGCCUGUGUCAUACAUCCCUGAUUCUAUAUCAAGGGUGGAGUGUACGCCUUCAGUCUCCACAGCCAAAAUCACUUCUGCAGCCUUACUGAACUCAGCAUCCUGCCAAGGAUGUGUAUGACCUACAGUGCCUGGCUUAGGUUCAGAUGUAUUUCUAGCCCUACCAGUGGCUGUCUUUGUACAGAUUGGAUGAGCAGAGUGAGGGCAUCUGAACACUUGGAGGAAAGAGUCAAAAAUUUUUAUGUUGCUUUAUCAUUAAAUAGUCAAAAUGGUGAAAAUUAUGUUUUUAAGAUUCAACAACC